AGACAACAGUAGUCCUGCUAAGAUCAACUCAUAAACUAGCUGCGGUACCAUGGCUCAAAAGUUUCUCGUUGCCUUCGCCCUGUUGGCCAUUGCGGCUAUACGGGCAGCUCCUUUCCAUGGCCACGAACAUCAUGGCCACGAACAUCAUGGCCACGAACAUCAUGGCCAUCAUGGUGGAGCCACCAGUCAUGCCUCCGUGCAUCUGACAUCCCACGGUGGUCAUCACGAGGAACACCACGGUCACGAAGGACAUCACGAGCACCACGGUCACGAUGAUCACCAUGACUCGCAUGCUGAAUAUGACUUCACCUACGGGGUCAAGGAUCACAAGACCGGGGAUGUGAAGACGCAGAGCGAGUCACGACAUGGCCACAAGGUUACCGGACACUAUGAGUUGAUCGAUGCCGAUGGUCACAAGCGAACUGUCCACUAUACGGCGGAUAAGCACAACGGAUUCCAGGCCGAGGUCCAUCGCGAAAAGCUCUUUGAUCACCACCAGGCUGAGCACCACGCCCAUGGACACAGCGGCUAUGAGGGAGGACACGUCGAGUUCGAGGAGCACUCCUCGCACUCCGGCCACGACUCCGGCCACGGACACGAGGGACAUGGCUAUGGUCAUGGCCAUGGUCAUGGUCAUGGACACGGCAGCAGCACCCACAGCUACUCGCUGAAACAGGACCAUGGUCAUGGACACAGCCAUGGCCACGAUCACGGAUCCGAGCACGGACACGGUCACUACUAAGAUCCCCCUCCAAAUCGAAUUGUUGUUAAUCUCCCAUUGAACACUUACCAAAUACCCAUUGUUGUUAUACCUAAA